AUGAAAUUAAAACUCGAAGUCAGCAAGUGCUGGGAGCAAUACGGAGUCGAUCACCCAAAAUGUGCGCAUUUACUUCCAAAGCUUGACAGAGGGUGGGCCAUCGAUCUUGUUACUAAAUAGAAAUAUGAGGAAUAGGUGUCCUAGUUCCCAGCUCAUUUUGAUGCUUUGAUUGCACCAAAGCCCGACAAAAUGUACUUCAAAGGAGUCGAACCCACUGGUCCCUAUAUGAUGAAUAGACCCUUCAAGAUUCCAAAAUACUGA